CCAGAUCCACCCGGGGAGGCUGUCGCGGCUCAGCCAAAACCUGCGCACGCGCAGAGCGCCAACCAACGCCCGGGAGUUCAGGCGCGGCUUUGGUGGCGCGUUUUAGUGAAGUCGCACGUGAAAGAUAGCGGUGGCCGGAGAUCGGUCCAGUCAUGGCAGGCUCAGGCACCUGUUCACCAUGGGGCAAGCAUCUGCUCAGAGCCAUCCCGAUGGUCCUCGUGGCCCUAGCUCUUCUCCAUUCAGCAUCAUCCCAGUCCCAUCGAGACUUUGCCCCACCUGGCCAGCAGAGAAGAGAGGCCUCAGCUGACCUGCUGACCCAGAUUGGCCGGUCUCUGCGGGAGAUACUGGAUACCUGGCUGGGGCCUGAGACCAUGCACUUGGUUUCAGAGAGCCUGUCACAGGUGAUGUGGGCCGUCUCCUCUGCCAUCUCUGUGGCCUGCUUUGCCCUGUCUGGGAUCUCCACACAGCUGUUGAAUGCCUUGGGCCUGGAUGGUGACCACCUCACCCAGUUCUUGAAGCUCAGUCCUAGCCAAGUCCAGACCUUCCUGCUGUGGGGAGCAGGGGCCCUGGUCACCUACUGGCUGUUGUCCCUGCUCCUUGGCUUGGUCUUGGCCGUGUUGGGGCGGAUCCUGGGAGGUCUGAAGCUUGUCAUCUUCCUGGCGGGUUUUGUGGCCCUGGUGAGGUCAGUGCCUGACCCUUCCACCCGGGCCUUGCUACUCCUGGCCCUGCUAACUCUCUACGCCUUGCUGAGCCGGCUCACUGGCUCCCGGGCCUCAGGGGCCCAACUGGAGGCCAAAAUACGAGGGCUGGAGCGCCAGGUGGAAGAGCUGCGCUGGCGGCAGAGGCGAGUGGCCAAGGCCUCCCGGAAUGUGGAAGAAGAGUGACAAGGAUGUCCCCAGAUGCCACCUUCACCAUACCAAAGAGCUGAGCUGCUUCCGGGCUGAGUGGCCCUCCUUGCAGCCCCCCCCACCCCCCCAUGCUCUUUCCUUGCCUUUGUGUCUGAACCUUCAGAAUCUUUAUCCCUGCCUAGCCCCUUGCUGAAGGGGCUGGUCCUCCACGUGAGGCUGGCUGGCUGGGGGUGGGUUUCUGCCCACUCUCUCCUUCCAGCCUGUCUCAGCACAGCAGGUUGGAGGCUGGGGGGCGGGGGGGGUCUCUGCUCCAGCUUCUGCGUCUGCUCUGGCCAGCAUCACUGCCACUGGUCUCCCGUGACUUAUCUGCCUCUUCUGCUACUGCCUGGCUUCCUCCCCAAACUACAACUCUCCCUCCUUUCUGCUCCUCAGCCACACCUCCAACUCUUAACUUGUCCUUCCAGGCCAGAUCCCACCAAACCACAGCCCCUGAAGGCUUGCCCUGUCCCCCUCAUUGCCCAGCAAGGUGGGAUCUAAGGAUAGGGAAGGGGAAAUGGGGUUCCUGGAGGCCUGGGGGUUGGGGGAUCCAUGUACUUUAAAUCUGUUACAAGUGCCUUAAUCCAAGCCAGCAGAGCCCUCUGCUGACUCACUGCCAUACUGUAUGUGGGAAAUGCUGCUUUGUUCAUAACAGAGCAGUCCAGUCUCUUAAAGAAUCUGAUUCCCCUUCAGCCAAAUCGAGAGGCAGCUGCUGCUGUGUAGGCUUUGUCCUGCAGCUGGGGCCCUGGGGGAAGUUCAGAGAUCUUGAACGAGAUUGGAGGACUCUAUUCCCUGUCUGCCUAAGCUGCGAGGUAUUCUUUAUCCCUGUGGCUUCAGUCCCUGCCACCAAGGAGAAAUUACUGACUGGUGCCACCCAGCAGUGGGGAAGAGCACAGAGCGGCCUGCCCAUGCUCUGCAGGGCUCAGGAGGCUGCUAACCUCCCCCCCCAGGGUACCUGGGCUCCAGCCACUAGGGGCCUCUUCCUUCCUCAGGGCCCUGGUGUUCUCUAGGCCAGGUUGGGCUCACGAUAAUGAAAUUCUUACUGUUCAGGUUUGAUGUGGAAUCAUGACUGCAGUGAUAUAUAUUUUUAUCAGCGCUUGGUUGGUUUUAAAUAAAGUGCACGCUAUUUUA